UGUCUCUUGUAGACUGCAUCCGCCAACGAGCGCACAGAUACAGUAACAGACUGGACAUUGUUUACCUCAAUGCGUUUUUAGUUGUUUUAUUGCGCACUUUUUAGUUUUUCAUGUGAUGUCGGAGAUUGUAGGCAAUCCAUAAAGAGUCUUCCUUGCAGUACUGGCAGAUUUUGUGCUUUGCCGACAUAUAAACAAGCGGAACAGUGUCCGCCAUACAAUCCUGCAGCUGCGCGCUUUUUGAUGUAUGAGUGUCUUCAGGAUUCAAACAUACUACAGCAGCAAGUUGGGGAACUAGACAGUAUUAAAGCCAUGAGUAGCAGAAAAGAUGAUGAUAACCUCCUGAGAAUGACAAAGGAUGACCUGCAGCGCUGGAUCCAGGCAGAGGUGGACCGAAACCCUCAUCUGAUGCAGAGACGUGAACAGCUGACGCGGGUGGAGGACUGGGUGAAGCAGAAGGAGACGGAAGCAACUUACACCCGCCUUUUGUACAGCAAUGCCUGCGAGUCAGUCCUUGAGUGCGAGUCAGUGAUGAAGGGUCUUUAUGGAAUGCUGGGACUGGAAUACCGAGAUGAAGAUUCGGAGGAGGAAGGGGGAGGAGAACCACAGGACAUCAUUCAUAUUACAGAUGACGAGGAGGAUAAGCAGGAAAAUAAUGUGCUAAAUGGGGAUGAUGACGAUAUCAUUGUCAUUGAUCUGGGAGCCACCAAAGAAUCCUUGGAACCAAUGCUUGAAAAGGUGACUGUGGCCAUUCAGAAGUCAUCCAGACUUGUUCAGGAUUUAGUCCAGAUGGUAAACAAAGCUUCCUCCAUGAGUGCUGCAUCACCAUCAUCAUUAUCUGACAUCUCUAACAGACCCUCGUCAGCUUCGACCCCUGAGACCAGCCGUUCUGAAUCGGUAACACCAAAGCUGGAAGUACCUGAAAACCCUAUUGCUAUAGUUAAGACCGAAUCUCUACCGAAAGUACCUGAAAUGUCCUUGCUUCUCAGCAAUUCAGAAAAAUACAAACCUAUUGCCGGUCAUAAGUCAGAUUCUAAACCAACAAUUAAGACUGAACCACAACUGACAGCAUUAACCCCUUGGGAAAUGAGCAUUUCAAAACAACAUGAAACUGCUACUCUUAACUCUCCAUCCUUAAAAUUAAUUAAGACUGAACCUCAAUUUACAGCAGUGAGUCCUUCAGAAACACCAGAAACCUUUGCUAGUCCUUAUUUUGGAUCCAUAGCAACAAUAAAGACUGAGCCUCAGUUGAUGGUAAUAAAGUCAGAAAUGACUUCGCCUCCAAGCACUUCAAAAUCUUUCAAAAUUCCAUCCAUUGCAUCAAUUAAGACUGAACCUCAGCUGAGAGCAUUAACUCCUGAAAUGUCUUUGCUUGAAAGUGAUUCAGUAAAGUCAAGCAGCUUUCAUUCAGAUCACAAAGCAACAAGUAACACUGAACUUAUGUUGCUGGCGAUAACUUCUCCUGAAGUCCUGAAAACAAGGGCCUGUCCUAAUUCAACAUCUGUAACAUCAAAGGAGACUGAUCCUCAAGUGCCACUAGUGACCCCUUCAGAAAUGUCUUCACCAUCAAGCAGUUCAGAAAAAAUGGAAACUUCUACCAGUGACGAUACAGCAAACGUAGAAACAAACCAGACUGAGCCGGAGUCGACCACAGAGGCUCCUCCUGAUGAGGCAUCACUGCUUCCUAGUCCAACGACUAGGCUGAGAUCUUCAAAAAACUCUGUGCCUGUAAGCAGCACUUCCAGCCCGCAAACGGAAACAACAAGAGCGCAAUCGCCUGCAGAUAGUAAUGAUGAACCCUCUGACACAGAGUACUUCUCUGCUAGUCCUGCUGACAGUGAUUAUGAACCCCCUGAGUCAGAGUCAUCGUCAGACAGUGAUUAUGAACCCCCUAAAUCAAAGUCAUCGAGAGACAGUGACGUUGAAUGCCCUAAAUCACAAUCUGAGUCUUCGAGAGACAGUGAUUUUGAACGCCCUAAAUCACAAUCAAAGCCAUCGGGAGAUAGUGAUUUUGAACGCCCUAAAUCACAAUCUGAGUCUUCGAGAGACACUGAUUUUGAACGCCCUAAAUCACAAUCAAAGCCAUCGGGAGACAGUGAUGUUGAACACCCUAAAUCACAAUCUGAGUCAUCUGUCGAUAAUAAUGAUGAUGCCAGCGGCAGUGAUGCUUCUGUAGAACCUUCCAGUCCUGACAGAAGUUCCAAGUCUUCAUCCAGUGAGUCCUCCAAGCAGCAAGAACAUAAAGAGAUAAAACUUAAAGUUGGCGUGGCAGUUUUGGGGAAAAGGAAACAUAACUUGUGGUGUAAAGGAACAGUACAAGAAGUCCAAACAGAAGAGGAUGGCCUCAGAUAUAAGGUGGAGUUUAAAAGUGGUAAAGAGAUGGUGCUGCCUGCUUAUCAUGUGGCCUCUCUGCAGCCUGCCAUACUCAAGGAUUUGUUUAUUGGCUGUCGUGUUGUGGCCAGCAGCAAAGAUGAUGAAGGAAAGGCCUCGUUUAAUGCUGCCGUAUUGGUUGAGCUUCCUGAGCGCAAGAAUCGCAUGAGGUUCUUGGUGUUUUAUGAUGAUGGUCUUGCAGCUUACCUGGCACUUCCAGACCUUCGUGUUGUCUGCAAACAAUUGAAAAAGGUGUGGAGGGACAUUGAGAAUGAGACAUUGCAGUUGCAGGUGAAGGAAUAUCUUCGUGUCUAUCCCAACCCCAUUGCUGUUGUGCUUCGCGCGGGGCAAGACACCAAGGCGAUACGGAAUGGCAAGUUUGAGUCCUGCACGGUGCUCCAGUUGGAUGGCAGCCUGAUCCAGAUCUGCUUUAAGAAAGACAAGCAGAAAGAGUGGAUUUAUAAAGGCUCAGACAAGUUGGAACACAUUGUAAAUAUCAAGAAACGUCUGGCUAAAGAUAAACCCCAGAAAAAAUCGCCUCAACAGAAAACGCAGCAACAACAACCUCAACAGAAAACGCAGCAACAGUCAUCUCAACAGAAAACGCAGCAACAGUCAUCUCAACAGAAAACGCAGCAACAGUCAUCUCAACAGAAAACGCAGCAGCAACAACCUCAACAGAAAACGCAGCAGCAACAACCUCAACAGAAAACGCAGCAGCAACAACCUCAACAGAAAACGCAGCAGCAACAACCUCAACAGAAAACGCAGCAGCAACAACCUCAACAGAAAACGCAGCAGCAACAACCUCAACAGAAAACGCAGCAGCAACAGUCAUCUCAACAGAAAACGCAGCAACAGUCAUCUCAACAGAAAACGCAACAGCCUGCUGUAACAGCAGGAAAUGCCACGCCUCAGCGCAACACAACUCCCUCCUCGACAGCAGUUCCCUCAGCAACUGUUACAUCAACAGCUGUAUCUCCUGUGCGGGUCACCCGACAAUCCGAUACAGUCAUCAAAAUAUCAUCUGUUAGCCCUCAAAAGAUCAUGUCGGCUGCUUUCCAGCCAAAAGUCAUCCUCCAGAGAUUGACAAUGCUUUCACCUGUCUUACAAGCUGUCUCAAAUUUAAGAAGUGCAAAACGACCUGCCCCUGAUGAGGAAGAAGAGUAUGUUUCUGAGGAAGAAGAUUGUGUUUUAAUGCAACACCAGUACAAGUCCAUAUACUUGCAUCAUCGCUGUUGUCCAGCAUGUGUGGAUGGGGUGAGACCGUCUCAAGUCGACAUGCAUCGUGGGGAAAAUCCACUUCUUAUACCACUGCUGUUUAAGUUUCGGCGAAUGACGGCUAGAAGGCGCAUCGAUGGAAAGGUGUUUUUCCACAUUUUCUAUCGUUCUCCGUGUGGGCGGAGCCUGUGCGACAUGCAGGAAGUGCAGGAAUACUUGUUAGAAACGCGUUGUGACUUCCUUUUCCUGGAAAUGUUCUGUAUGGACCCGUUUGUUCUUGUGAAUCGUGCCCGACCUCCUUCCACAUCAACCGGCAAGCCUCACCUCUACCUGCCGGACAUAUCAGAGGGCAGAGAGGUGUUGCCGGUGCCCUGCAUUAAUGAAGUGGACAAUACGCUUGCUCCUAACAUCAGUUACACCAAAGACAGAGUUCUAGCUCCGGGUGUUUCAAUCAAUACAAGCCCAGAUUUCUUGAUCGGCUGCGACUGCACAGAUGGCUGUCGGGACAGGUCGAAGUGUGCAUGCCACCAGCUGACCAUUGAGGCUACGUCUCUAUGCAGUGGAGGUCCAGUGGAUGUUAGUGCCGGAUACACACAUAAGAGAUUGCCAACCAGCUUGCCAACAGGGGUGUACGAGUGUAACCCUCUGUGCCGUUGUGAUCCGAGAAUGUGCAGCAACAGGCUGGUUCAGCACGGUCUGCAGCUGCGACUGGAGCUCUUCAUGACACAGCACAAGGGAUGGGGCAUCCGCUGCAGAGAUGAUGUGGCCAAGGGCACGUUCGUGUGUGUUUUCACUGGUAAAAUAGUAAACGAAGACCGAAUGAAUGAAGACGAAACGGUGUCUGGCAAUGAAUAUUUGGCCAACCUUGACUUCAUUGAGGGUGUGGAGAAACUAAAAGAGGGUUAUGAAAGCGAGGCGUACUGCUCGGACACAGAGGUCGAAACCAACAAGAAGAACAUAACAAUGAAAACAGGGCCGUUACGGAAAAACACUCUCUACCAAGACGACUCCAGCAGUGGUGAAGAACGAGAAGAACUUAUGGAACUGGACACAGAACAAGAGUCAGAAGUGAAUCACAUGUCCUUAGGUGAGAGAAAACAAUUCCAUAAGCCACAUGAAAUAUAUAAAGACAUUCAGAAGAAAGUGACCAAACAAAUGAGAGAGGACGGUAAGGAAACCUCAGGUCCAAAGCGUUGCUUUGCCAUAAAGUCAUUCCAGAGAAGAGUAAAACCUCUAGAAACCUUGAACGCAAAGAAUGAGAAAACGAGGACCGCUGUAACUGGCAACAACACCCGCAGACAGUUCAAUGGCGAGGAGACCUGUUACAUCAUUGAUGCGAGACAAGAGGGCAACCUCGGCCGCUUCAUCAACCAUAGCUGCAGUCCGAAUUUGUAUGUUCAGAACGUCUUUGUCGACACACACGACCUUCGGUUUCCCUGGGUGGCAUUCUUCGCCAGCAAGCGCAUCAAGGCGGGUACGGAGUUGACGUGGGAUUAUAACUACGAGGUUGGCAGUGUGGAGGGGAAGGUUCUGCUCUGCUGCUGUGGCUCUUUGCGGUGCACAGGAAGGCUGCUCUGAUAUGCUGCUUUCAACAAAAAACACUAAAACUCUCCUUGAGGUGUUCUCACUGUAAAAAGUUUUACCAAGCCAUCAGAAACAGCUGUGGCACUGUUCUGGAAGAGCGUUCCUGUCAUGACCCAUUGAAUAUGAAAAGUAUAUUAAAAUAUAUUAAAGUUUGUGUCGUUGCUUUUAUUUUAGUUUUGUUUUUAUUGUUUUUAACCUCUACAAGAAAUGUUGAGUCACUUAGUGAAUGUAAAUAAACUUUGCAAAUAUCAAAAACUAUGUUUUGUGUAAUAUAUGUCUUGAACGUCAUUUAUUGUCAGUGAAAUAUGCAGGUUAAAAAGCUGUGAAUGAACGACACUAUUAAAGUAAUAAUCAUGUUGAGGAAAGGGGAAUAAAACUUAUUUUAUAUGACAAUGG